GUUUCAUGUUGUUUCAUUGCAGCAUAUUUUGCCAAUCUGGUAGGAAAAAGUAGAAUAAAACACAAGGUGAUACCUCCUGCUGUCAAUGGACCUCCGGAGUUCGAGAGAACCUUCAGAGCACAACAAAACUGUAUUGAAUUCUAUGGCCUAUUUUUGAUUGACCUUUGGACUGCGGGUUGGUUCUUUAACCAAGAAAUAGCAUCGCUCUUUGGCUUGUUGUACAUUUAUGGCCGGCAUGUGUACUUUUUUGGCUAUUCACAGUCUGCUAGGGGCAGGCUCCGUGGAUUUGCUUUUUGCAGGUGGGCAUUGAUAUUUCUACUGAUCAUGUCUGCAACUGGAGUCACUAACGGUCUAUUAGACAAGUACCUCCAUUUGAAUCUGCUGAAAAAAAUACAUCACCUGAUAUUAGAAUAA